AGCUGGUCCAGAAUGGCUACCCUGAUCUUUGUUGAUAAGGAACAUGGAGAACCAGGCACCCGUGUGGCUCCCAAGGAUGGGCUGAAGCUGGGGUCGAGGCCUCUCAAAGCUUUAGAUGGGAGAUCUCAGGUUUCAACACCACGAGUAGGCAAAAUGUUUGAUGCUCAAGCAGCCGUACCUAGAGUUGCCAGAAAGGCUUUGGGAACUGUCAACAGAGCCACAGAAAAUUCAGUAAAGACUAGUGGACCUCUCAAACAGAAGCAGCCAAACUUCUCUGCCAAAAAGGUGACCGAGAAGACUGUCAAAGCAAAAAGCUCUGUUCCUGCCUCUGAUGACACCUACCCAGAAAUAGAAAAAUUCUUUCCCUUCAGUCCGUUAGAUUUUGAGAGUUUCGACCUGCCUGAAGAGCACCAGAUUGCACACCUCCCCUUGAAUGGAGUGCCUCUCAUGAUCCUUGAUGAAGAGAGGGGGCUUGAAAAGCUGUUACACCUGGGCCCCCCUUCACCUCUGAAGAUACCCUCUCCACCAUGGGAAUCUAAUCUGUUGCAGUCUCCAAGCAUUCGUCGACCCUGGAUGUUGAAUUGCCACCUGUUUGCUAUGACUUAGAUAUUUAAAUUACUUAGCAUUUAAUAGUUUGUAUGUUUUGUAUUAAUAAAGCAACUCUUUAACAGAAAAAAAAA